AUGAGACAUUUAAUAUCAUUAGCUUUACCGAAGCGCUUUACUCGUUUUCCUUCGUUCGCACGCACCGUUGAAUUAUUAUUACCUCAGUUGAGUCGAUUAACAACAUCCUAUUGUCAAUUUACAGAUCCGUUACCCAAUCUUCGCUGUUUGAAAGUAAAUCAAUGUGAUGAAUCCCAAUUACAACAUCUUUUCUCUUCGGUACCUAAUCUUCGAUCACUCAGUAUCGAACUUAUCAAGAGUUCCAAUGCAUUGUGGCCAGAUACAAUGCGCCAAUUGAUUCAUUUAAAACGGUUUCAAAUUAAAAAUUAUAAUUUGAUGACAAUCGACCGUAUUGAAUCCAUUGUUACUAUGAUACCAAGUCUAAAACAUCUUGAACUCGAGUUGGGAAUACUUGUGGAUUUAAAGAAUGAAUAUCGAUGGGAUACAUUUGUCUCCAAUCUUGAAAAAUUCGACUUUCGUUGUUAUCUUUCUCCUCUUCACUUUCUCAUUUGGAAUCAAACCGAAAUACUUGCGCGUUAUAAAACACCAUUGUGGCUCGAACAUAAACAGUGGUUUGUCGCUUGUGAUAGCAGUCAACAGACGCCAUUGCUUUACACAGUACCUCAUUUCGCACCGAAAAAUAUGAAUUGGCCUUUUAUUGGUCCCUCUAUUGCAUGCACAUCUUCUAGUGUCUCUCUUCAACAACAUAGCAGCUGUUUAAUAUGGUCACUAAAUACAUUGAAAUAUUUAUCAGUCGCAACAUUCCGAUGUCGAUUUGAUUCACCUAUAUUUUCUGAUACAAUACAAAACGAAACGUUAUCACGUUAUUGGCUCAUUUGUGGAAGUCAACAAUUAUGGAUGAAUCGUUCUUUCACAAGUCGCAUCAACAAAAAAAGCGUUCAUGUUUGGCUGUAUGCUGGUGAAUACGAACUCAAUGUGAAACAUCGUCAACUGUUUACAUUAAUGUGGUUUCUACGAAUUAUUUUUCCUCAUAUUGUGAAACUUCUUUGCUUCCUAUUUCGCUUGUUAGCUAACAAUUAG